AUGAAGAAAACUGUUAGAAUAAUUACCAAUCCAAUGCCCAACACUGUUUUCAUACUUAUAAUAUUGAGGAUUAAGUUACGUUUGGGAAAUAUAAAACGUAUGAUGCUAACUCAAGAAUGGGAGGAAAUAGAAGAAGAAAGAAAAAAAAACAUCAGUAAACCAGUGAAGGAGUCAGUUGACCUAAAACACGGAAAGGAAAUCUUUUCAUCAUUGACACCCGUCACAGAUUGUCCAUUCAUUCACUUAAAAUGA